UUUAUUUUUUAAAUUCACAGAUCCAAAAAAAUGUAGUAAAUAGAAACGUUUUAAAAAAGGACAAAAAUGAGUGGCGCUGUAUAUGGCGGCGAUGAAGUUGGUGCAUUGGUAUUUGAUAUUGGUCAUAAUACAAUCAGAGCUGGAUAUGCUGGAGAAGACAGUCCAAAAGUUGAUAUACCUUCAACGGUUGGGGUCUGGCUAGAUGCAGAAGAUGAUAUCUCCCAAACUAGAUAUAAUAUUGGUUUGCUGUCGAUACAUGUGUGGCGUCCAGAAAUGGAAUUGAGUUCAUUUUUGAAAGAAGGGAUGGUAGAUAAUUGGGAUAUGUUUGAAAAUUUUCUGGAUUACAUUUAUAAUAAUGCUCUUAAAGCAAUUCCAAAAGAUCAUCCAAUAUUACUAACGGAGCCUCCAUGGAUUACACCACCUAAACGAGAAGAAAUGGCAGAGUUGAUGUUCGAAAAGUAUAAUGUUCCUGCCGUUUAUUUAGCUAAAAAUGCUAGUUUAGCCGCAUUUGCCAAUGGACGACCAACAUGCUUGGUGGUUGACAGCGGAGCCACUCAUACCUCAGCAGUUCCUGUUCAUGAUGGAUACGUUUUAACACAAGCUGUUGUAAAAUCUCCAGUUGGUGGUGAUUAUUUAAGUUCACAGUGUAAAACAUAUCUAUUAGACAAGGGCAUUGAACUUGUACCACCUGCCAUAGUGGCUUACAAAGAAAUAAUGAAGUCUGAGGAAUCUCCAAUUUGGAAACGCCGUGAUAUACCAUCAAAUUUAACGGAGAGUUGGUAUAAUUAUAUGAUUAAGGAAGUUAUGCAGGAUUUUCAAGCGUCAGUUUUACAAGUGUCUGAUGUUUCGUACGAUGAAGAAGUGGUGAAAACGAUGCCCGCAAAUCAUUAUGAAUUUCCGAAUGGUUUUCAUCGCGAUUUCGGCGUGGAGCGGUUUAAAAUCCCUGAGCCUCUUUUCAAUCCUACUACUGGUGCUAAAGCUGGAAUUCAGCCAAUAUUGGGUGUCGGAUCGCUGGUUACAACAAGUGUUGGAAUGUGUGACAUUGAUAUUAGACCUGCCAUGUAUGGCAGUGUCGUUGUAACUGGGGGUAAUUCAAGUCUCCAAGGAUUCACCGAGAGAUUAAAUAGAGAUUUAGCAGCUAAAACCCCACCAAGUAUGCGCUUAAAAAUCAUUAGUGCACCGGGAGUUUCUGAGCGCAGGUUUGGCGCGUGGACGGGUGGUUCAAUUUUAAGUUCCUUAGGUUCUUUCCAACAGCUCUGGGUUUCUAAACAGGAGUAUGAAGAAGGAGGAAAAAUUAUCGUGCAAUCGAAAUGUUUAUAAAAGUUUAUCUUAGACUUUAUAAAAAAUUUUCAGUAUUUCAAUUUUAAGACUGGUGGAUUCAUUCAAUUAUUUUAUUAUUGACUGAUUUCGUACUCUGUAAUGAAGUGAAUUAAGAUACCGUAGAAAUGACAUUUUUUAUAUGCACUCUGAAAGUAUUUAUUUGUGGCAUUUCCUAAGUAGUUCUUUUUUUCGGGGUACUUUGCCACACUGUAAAUUAAAAUUUAAAAAAAAGUAGGAAGUAUACCUCUGCCACAAGGAUCAGUCAGCUGCGAUUUUUUUUCUUAUUUUUGCCUAUAAAAAGAGUUUCUCUUCGUUUUUAAAAUUAAGUACAUAUUUUUGGACAUUUUAGUGAAAAAAUGAAAUAAAUUGAGAUUUCUUUCUUAAAAAACAAAUCCUUGUGGUGCAGGGCUUUAUUAACUAUUUUUUAUAUAUCGAGGGCAUCAUAUCAGAAGGGCGUAAGAGCCACUAUAGUCGGUUCUGGGUUUUUAGGUCAUAUGACCUCAUUUAACCAAUUCGCUUAAUAUAUCAGAAGGGCGUAUAUAUUCAUAAAUAUCAAAACUCUAUUCUAACACAUUUUACAUUAUUCUAAUGCAUUUAUGAACCAAUUUUGCAAAACUAUAAUAUCAGAAAGGCGUAUGCCUGUAAAAUUUCAGAUUUGGUUUGUACGCCCUUCUGAUAUGACGCCCUUGAUAUGUUUAUGGAGAUUAAAGUAUUUCAUUGUUCUAUUCGUAAAACGAUAAAUGUUAUAGAAUAGUUUAUAUUUACACGGUAGGGUCUGUUCUAACCCGUGCAAGUCAGGGCCAUACUUGGGUUCAUUAAUUCGAAAAGAAUAAUAUCUGUAUGCUCAAAAUUUGUUAGGAACAAAGGAAAGCGCAUACUAUUAUAUAUUUUAAAUAAAUUUUGUAGAACUUUAAUUUAGAAAAUGACUGAACUAUGUUGACAAAUAUAAGAAGUCCAAUUGUUAGUUGCUCGUAGUGCAUUUGGAUAUUUUUUUUAACCACACGAAUUUUUGUGGCGAAACGAUGUGAAGAAAAAUCUUUAAAAUUCAUCGAAUUAAAGGAUCUAAAGAGACAACAUAUUAAAAAAGUAGUGCCUAGCAGGAAAUCUCGGUGUUAUUGCUAGCCUAUCUUGAACUGAAAUUGUAGGUCUCAUUGUUUCGUAUUAUUAUUUUUUGUCCCAUCAACAUCGUUAAAUGCGUGAAAUUUUUGUGCAGGUUAUUUACCGAGUCUUUAAAUCUGCUAAUAUUUCUGGAUCGGAUCUAUUUUUGCAAAUUUGCAUUUUCCACUAACGAUGAUGAUAAUCGUUCUUUAGGAGGAAGCAUAUUUAAAAAAUGUAGGCCUUGCCAGUGUUACCACUUCAUUUGACAUAUUCGCGAAUAUUUUGAUAUAGUAUUCGUUGUUUAUUUAGAUGACAUCUAAUUAAAUUUGCAUUUGUAAGGUGUAAAGUAACCAUACAUUCGUGUUAGCUACACUAUACAAAUAUGUACAACCAGUGAAUAUUAAUUUAUAUUUCUAGUCUAGUUACUUAUCCCACAAUUGAAUUUUUGAAGAAUAUUUUAACUCUAACGAUAUGGAAAAAAAACGAGUCCUACUGGGCUGAAGCAUAGUUAACAGUUCUCAAUUCUUACUUUUUAUAUGCAGUUCAACCUUGACAUUCACGAUUUACUAACCCUAUUACAUAGAUUAAGUGUGAUCGAAUACUGAAAUUGUUCUUUUUAUUGCUUGGAAAUUCUAAGAUAUUAAGCAAAUAAUUUGAGAUUAUUUUAAUAAUCGAAUUAUUAAAAUUUUAUAUUUCAGUAUACGAGACUUUUAUAUACCCACUUAUUUU